CGUCACUUUGCUUUUAUUUCUUAAUUGUUGAAAAUGAUUUGUACUAUCACAACAUGCAAACUUAAUCAGAACCUACUAUUUUGGUUUCUUCAGCCGAAUGUUUCAAGGACCGAACUGAUGUUCAGUGCUUACAUCGGUGGCAGAAAGUUCUAAAUCCAGAUCUUGUUAAAGGCCCUUGGUCAAAAGAGGUGAGCAUAAUGUUUGCCGUCUCCCAUGGAUAUGUUAUUUAUUGUUUUCUUAAUAUAAUAAAUCUGUUGUGUUUUUAACUAUUGUCCAUCCUUUGCAACUUAUUGUUACCUACUCAGGAAGAUGAUGUUAUAGUUCGAUUGGUGGAGCAACAUGGAGCAAAAAAAUGGUCCGCCAUUGCACAACAUUUACCUGGACGCAUUGGUAAGCAGUGUCGUGAGAGGUGGCAUAACCAUCUGAAUCCUGCCAUAAACAAGGAGGCUUGGACUCAGGAAGAAGAACUGAUGUUGAUCAAGGCCCAUCAAGUUUAUGGAAAUAAAUGGGCGGAGCUUACAAAAUUCUUGCCCGGGAGGACGGACAAUGCUAUUAAGAAUCACUGGAACAGUUCAGUUAAAAAGAAAUUGGACUCCUACAUGGCAUCAGGAUUGCUUGCACAGGUCCAAGGCUUGCCUUGUGUCAACCAUACGAAUCAGUCGACUCCUACUACAUCAAGGACACACCAAUUCAGUGGAGAUGAUAGCAUUCACAAAGAUACUGCAGAAGUUGAGGAAACCUCAGAAUGCAGCCAAGGUUCAACUUUUCUGAGAUGUUCCCAUUCUAAUAAUGACAUAGCGAAAGAUGAAAACCAAUCAACUGACAUGGCAAAAGCAAUUGUUUUAUACAAUGGAGAUGAAAACCAUCAGGCUGACAUGGGAAAAGCAGUUGUUCUGUAUACUGGAGAUGAUACCCAACCAGCUGAAAAUUUGAAUCAUGGGAUUGAUCCAAGCAGUUCUGCAAACACCAGUCUGCCUUCCGACUUGGUUGAUUCUUCUAAACUAAUUGAACAAAAUUAUUUACAUGGCUGGCAAACUUCAGAUAGAGGGCAGUUUUCCUCCAAUGAAUUGCAAAACCUGUCUUCUCUAGGUUUGACAGGGGAAUCGGAAUUUACGCACUGUAAAGAUGUUGAUCAGAAACAGGAGUCAGUAAGAAAACGGAUACAAAGUUCUGCAGGUUUUAGUAUUUCUACCUCAGUCGUGAAUGAUGUUGUUGGUUCUGAUAUGUUGACACAAAUGUUGACAUCUGAAGAUGACUGUUCGAAAGUGAUGCACCCACCUGAUGGAUCAUUGGGUUCGUUAGUUUAUCAACAAUCCAACUGUGAGAUCCCUUGUGCAGACAAUUCAAAUUCAAAAUCAUAUUAUUCAGAGUUUGUGGGAACUGCCUCCUAUCAGUCUAUAUGCAUGCCUUCACAACUUCCCACUUGUAUCUUUGAUGGUGAAUCCUAUCAGUAUAAUUGUCUAUCUGUUGGAAACCAAGAAUUCACUGGCCUUGCCCAUGAUGGACUGACUUACACCAACGAUUCUAGUAAUUCUCAUUUCUUCACUAAUCAAGAUAAUGCAGGGUCAAAAGAUCAAAUAGAUCAAGCUAAGGAUCCAGUGGAGCUCUUAUCUUCAGAUGCUAUUGGUUCAGGACAACUAAAUGUUACUGAAAUUGAUCCAUCUGUUGAUGAAAACCUUGUUUCACAAACCCAGCAGCAGGAGCCAGGAACUCUGUCUUAUGAGCCUCCUCGUUUCCCAAGCAUGGACAUCCCGUUUCUCAGCUGUGAUCUGAUACAGUCUGGUGGUGAUAUGCAGCAUGAAUAUAGUCCUCUUGGUAUUCGUCAGCUGAUGAUGACCUCUAUGAACUGCUUUAGUCCAUGCAGAUUAUGGGAUUCACCUUCACUCUAUGACAGCCCAGAGGAUGUGCUGAAAAGUGCUGCCAAGACUUUUACGUGCACACCAUCCAUAUUGAAGAAGAGAAACCGUGAUUUGUUGUCACCUUUAUCUGAGAGAAGAUUUGGAAAGAAGCUAGAACAUGUCUCAUUCAUCAACUCGGCCAAAGAUUCGUCACAGUCAGAGGUUAUGUUUGAUGAGAAUAAGAACCAGCAGUUACCAUCGUCUAGCCAAACUGCAGAUUCCGGACCAUUUAUUGACGAUAAAGAAAAUUUGGACCCAACUGAAGAAAUAACUCAAAAGGAGGGCGGCAAAAGCACACCAGUAAAAGUGCAACUGCCACCAGCCCUUAUUGAACAGAAUUUAGAUGAUGAGUCUUUUUUGCCUGAUAAAGUUGCAACCAUAUCAGCUACACCCAAGGGCCCACACGCAACAGCUCCUGGUAAAUUAAGCUCAAUGAUUUUGGAGACAACAGUAGAUCCACUCACUCUCAUUCCAUCUGCAUGUAAGAAUCCAUGUCAGUCUCUUGUCAGUCCACAUACUGUUUCAGGGAAGAGAAACAAGGCUGGAAGUCGCUUUGCUGCAUCCAUACAAACUGAAUUUAUGGUUGAAAAUGAUGCUUUUGUUGAAAAUUUGGGCAUGUUUGGGGAAACUCCCUUGAAGAAAAGUUUGGAAUCACCUUCUGCAUGGAAGUCCCCUUGGUUCUCCUUUUUGCCUGGUCCAAGAGUUGAUACAGAUAUAACAAUUGAGGAUAUUGGUUACUUUACAAGUCCAGGUGAAAGAAGCUAUGACGCUCUUGGGCUAAUGAAGCAGUUAAGUGAACAUACUGCUUCAGCAUAUGCCAAUGCUCAGGAGAUUUUGGGAGAUGAAACUCCAGAUUCCAUACUAAAAAAGAGAUUUUCAGAGAAAGGGGAAAAGAGUCAAAAUGUCUUGACUGAGAGACGGGUGUUAGACUUUAGUGAAUGUGGGAGUCCUAGAAAGGGAGAGCAAGGUGGCAGCAGACAUUCAAGUGGCAUAAGUUUCUCAAGCCCAUCUUCCUACUUGUUGAAAGGUUGCAGGUAGAUUGUACAACACAUAUGAGCUGAGGUUAUGAAUUCGGAUCAUAAUUUGUAUGCUUUUUUCUCUAUAUUCGAUUGUUGUUAACAUAUGCAUUUGCUUUCCAUGCAAUCAUUCAUUUUCUUUGUGUUCAAAUGCUACCCAUUUCUUAUUUUGGAUAAAUAUCAUUUUAAUUAAAGUCAUAUGUAUGCUCU